CCUCUCUCAGCUCGUUGCUGCUCACCUUCUCAGGACUUUUCUUUUCACUUUAGAGAGUCUAAGAUAAGAAGCCAAUCAUGGCGGACGCACCGAAACAAAAGUCAAAGAUCACCUCAGCACGAAGGCUGGGGCUCAAGAUCAGACUGUUGACAGUGGCCGCUCAGAUGCUGCAGACAGAGAAGGAGGACAAGAAAAAGGAGAGAGAGGACGCGUUGGCAGACAGAGUUCCUCCUCUAAAACUAUCUGGUCUGUCUGUACAGGAGCUUCAGGACCUGUGCAAAGACUUGCAUCAUAAGGUUGAUGUUGUAGAUGAGGAGAGAUAUGAUGUUGAACUCAAGGUUACCAAGAAUGAAAAGGAGAUCAAAGACAUGAUGCUGAAGAUCAUCGAGCUACAAAGCAAGUUCAAGAAACCUACCCUGAAGAGAGUGAAGAUCUCUGCUGAGGCCAUGCUGAGUGUUCUGCUUGGCUCCAAACACAAGGAGUCCAUUGACUUCAAGGCCAACCUCAAGAAAGGCAAGAAAGAGGAAGAGAAGAAAGAGGAGGUGACUGACUGGCGUAAGAACGUGGAGGCCAUGUCUGGAAUGGAGGGCAGGAAGAAGCUGUUUGAUGCGUCUGGGAACUGAACAGGUACAAGAUGAAUACUAAUCGUUUAGGUUUGGUUUGUCUGGUCAGAAAGAAAAGAUGACUCAAUAUUCCAAAGACGGACAAUGAAAAUAUCAAGAAAGCUUAUAAGAUAAGAUAAUGGAGUGAGUGUUUAAAAGGGAUGGGUUACCUCUGAAUUUAAGUGGUUUUAAAUUAUUUUGUAUUUCUACAUGACAUUGCCCAUUUUUAAUGACUGUAUGGCAUUUUAGCACUGGAUUUGGUAGAAUAAGUGAUUUGGAUACUUGUAUACUUGAUUCCUAGAAAGUGGUGUUUCCUUAUGC